AUGUCUCUCGCCACUCUCGACACCUCCCAACACCCCAAUCUCCCCUCCUCUUCAGCUACCCUUUUCACAGCAAAAGCCAAUAAAAAGCUCAGCUUCGAGCAGAUUGCCCAGCACAUCGGCCGCAAUGAAGUAGCCGUGGCCGCUAUCUUCUACGGCCAAGCUAAAGCUUCCCCGGAGGAUAUCCAGAAACUAUCCGAACUGCUGAGCAUCGACCAUGCUCACUUGGAAGGGCAGCUCAGUGGCUUCCCCGAUCGUGGCAAGUCGGUCGAGAUGCCACCCAAGGAGCCACUGAUCUAUCGGUUGUAUGAGAUUGUGCAGAACUAUGGGUAUGCGUACAAGGCGGUGCUGAAUGAGAAGUUUGGGGAUGGCAUUAUGAGUGCUAUAUCUUUCUCGACCAAGGUGGAGAAGGAGACUGAUGCGGAUGGGAAUAAUUGGGCUGUUAUUACCCUGCGCGGAAAGUGGUUGCCCUUCUCUCGUUUCUAG